AUGUCGUGGAUUAACACAGAUUACGUGAAGUAUCCUAGGCGCAGUUUACACCUUGGAUAUCAAAAGCUCUCCCGAGAUGAAAUCGACAGAGUUGUGGAUAGACUCAGCUUGAUGAAAGAGGAAACUAGGCCUAGUAUUAAUGACGAGCAUUCGUCCAGGGGAAUAAAGAAAUCUCGUAAGCUAGAUCAAGACGAUGUUCAUGCUCUGGUUGACAGAUUAUCAAAAGAGACGCGAAAGAGGGGAGAUGACAUUAUUAAGAAUGAUAAGAUGAUUGUGACCUCCUAUGCUUGGUGUAACGGGAAACUUCUUCAUUUUCAACCUAAACCUUUGGAUGGGACUUGGCAUUGA